ACUGAAAUUCGGAUUAAUUGAAUGCUAUGAAUUAAUUCACAUUUCUACUAGAUUCAUUCCAUUCAGAUUAUUCUUUGAUCGAAAAAUGAGACCAUCGCUGAUGUCGCAACCUUUUGGGACAGCAGGAGUGAAAUUGUUUCGCCACGUCAUAAAAAUCGUUUUAUGCAUUGGACAGGAAAAUAAAGCUGAAUGCAUAAAGAUUGUAUCCAUUGUGUGAUUAGCUGCAGUGAAAACAUUUUGAAUGACACGAGAUUUGAUAUACUCCAUUUUCACUUUAUAAAAUAUUUACAACAAACCUAUGACGCGGACAUACCGGCGAAAAUUAUGCACCGCUUUUAUUGUAAUGAUCUUCCUUUUCCUACUGGGUUUCUUUUGGAAUCGGAUCAACAUAAGCAAUCUUUGGGAUGAUAUAUACAUAUCCAAGGUACAGAAAAAAGCAGGAACCAAAACGGAAAGUUUUGGUAACCCUGCUUUUAUCAUCGACACUCCAGGUUGCACGAUACCAAAUCUAGACCCUUUUGAUCCAUCAGUGAAGGAUUUGAUAUCAAUGGAAGAACCGAAAUCAUGCUCAGGAAAUCCAUUAUUUCUUAUCACACAGCAAAAUGGCUCCAUUUCUAUUAAUGAAACUAUAUUAGAACUAUUUUAUAAGCUAAAAUCAAGUAAUGUUUCGUGCACUUACCAAAGCAUUCGUCGAAAAUACGAAGAUCCCGGAAACGUCAGAGAAAACGAUUACGUCUUAGGAAAGAAAAGAGAAUUGAUAUUUGGCGAACCUCUUGAUGAAAACUAUGUUGUGGUUGACUGCAAAGUAGGGAAAGAUAAUUUAACGCAAUAUAUCCCUAUUCCGCGGUUGAUUAAAGAAGUUGAAAAUCUAAAAUCGUCAAGAAGGCAUAUCAUACCUCACUUGAAUGUUAUCCUUGUUGCCAUAGAUUCGAUUUCAAGAUUGAAUUUCCAUCGUCAUUUCAAUAAGACUCUUUCGUUCCUUAAAGAAAAACUAUCUCCUUUCGAAAUGAAGGGUUAUAUGAAAGUUGGUGACAAUACAUUUCCAAAUUUAAUAACCCUACUGUCUGGUCACUAUGCUGAGGAUUUGUGGAAUGAAACUUUAAAAGACACUAUGUUCUUCGACAAUGUUACACUGAUUUGGAAAUUAUUUGCUGAAAGAGGAUAUAGAACAUUCUUUACAGAAGAUAUGCCGGUAUAUGGAACUUUCAAUUACGGGAAAAGAGGGUUCCACGAACAACCAACUGAUUAUUACUACAGACCUCUGGCCUUGGCUAUACAUCAAUCUAAGCUGAGGAAAAACGGCGGUGGCUGGUGCUUGAACUCCCAGACUGAGACUGAUAUCAUGUUCAACUACCUGAAGGAUUUUAUUCGCGUAAUGGGACCUCGGCCUUACUUUUCCUAUGUCAUGAGUUCUUCGCUUACCCACGAUCGUCUUAACAACGCUAAAUAUGCUGAUGCUCCCACUGCCAACCUUCUACAGCAUCUUUGGGACAGUGGUGCUUUAAAUGAUAGUGUUCUUUUCUUCUUCAGUGAUCAUGGAGUGCGCUUUGGUAGUAUUCGGAAUACUUACCUUGGUAAAUUCGAAGAAAGACUGCCAUUUAUGUUUAUACAUUUUCCAGCCUGGUUCCUUCGCAGAUAUCCUCAUUAUUCUGAAAACCUGAGGAAAAAUCAAGAACGGUUGAUGACGUUAUUCGAUGUUCAUGCAACCAUGGUAAAUUUGUUAGAACACUAUCGAGAAUUAUCGGAGAAGGAAAAGGAAUCAAUGACUCCUUAUGGUGUGAGUUUGUUAAGUGAAAUUUCUCCUUACAGAACAUGUGAUAAAGCAGGAAUCAUGGCACCAUGGUGUGUGUGUCAAGUAAUUCAGCAAGAACCAGUAGAUGAUGUGCGAGUGAUAAACUCUGUGAAUUCAGUUCUAAGCUUUUUAAACGAAAAUUUAAAAGGCUUAUCUGAGUCUUAUGAUGUACUUGAAUUAGAUAAAAUCAUUGAGGUCAAAUCAGGCCAAAUUAGUGACUUGGUAUCAAGGUUCGUAAAGCACGAAAAUGUAGUUGUGAAUCGAUAUGUAGCUUUUGGUCAGAAGAUAGAAAAAUAUAUAUUUUAUUCUGUUAAAGUAUUAACUAAACCAGGAUGCAGAUGUUUUGAAGGGACUGUUCGGUAUGACAUCAAAAGUAAAGAGUAUGCAACGUUACAUGUUCGUGAAAUAAAACUUGAAGAAUCUGUUCCAAAAUGUGUUUAUGAUAAUAGAAACAAUACUUUGAAAGACUGA